AUGGCCUCUGAUGAACCCAAACUUAAAUAUCCCAUAGCCCUGAGUGGAGAGAUCUCUCUCUAUGAGCCUCAAGAGACAGCUGACGCCGCGGAUGCCAGUGCGCCGUCACUGAUCAUCCUCUGCACCUGGGUAGGGGGAGCCACUCCCCGCCGGAUCAACAAAUACACCUCUCAAUAUCGACAGCUAUACCCAGGAGCCAGCAUUCUCAUUCUAACAACCAAUGUACAAAACGUGGCAUUCCGGCCACUCAGCAUGGUCCGAUCUGGCCUGAAGCCAGCAUGCGAGAGCAUUCGUCGGAUCUUGACGAGAGCAAGCGAUACAAAUGACAGGCCCGGAACAUUGCUCCACAUGUUCUCACAUGGAGGAGGGGGCACUGGAUCCCAGCUUGCGCUUGCGAUGAAAGCAAGUGAUGACCAAGGUGCACUGUUCUUUGCCAAUCUUCGCAUCAUUUUGGACUGUUGUCCCGGAGACGAUAGCUUGAACAAAUCCUAUGGGGCGGCGCAAGUGUCAGUCCCCAAUAAUCUUGCAGCCCAACUUUUAGGCAAGGCACUGCUUUAUCCGGCCAUGUCAGUGAUCAAUGGGUUGCAAAAUGCGGGUGUUUUGCGCUCCAUACGCGAUUUGCGGGCCCUGCUUAAUGAUCCAAACACUUUCGGGCCGAGCGCGAGAAGGCUAUAUAUAUAUACGAAGGACGACCCGGUGAUUGGUUGGACUGAUGUACAGACACAUCUGCAAGAGGCUCGCUCGUUGGGGUACCAUGCUGAGCAGGUUCUCUUUGAGCAUGGUGCACAUUGUGGGCUGAUUAUGGAAAAUCCGGGCCGAUAUUGGGGAGCGGUUAGGAAGUUCUGGAAUGGGGAAAAUAUUGCAGAUCUCACUGCAUCUGAUCCAGAACAGGUGAGGCUUUGCAGUCGCCUAUGA